GUGUCUGCCGAACAGUAUCUUUCGAAUACCAAGCCACCAGACAACGUUCUGCAUGCGCUAGAGCGUCUGAUGCAAGAGUCCAAGGUCACUGAAGUGGAUGCCUUCAUUAUCCAUUACCGACAUGAUAGAUGGUGCGCGUGGGACACGCGAGAUCUCGGAACAAGCGUCCUUAGUUGCCCGGCAAGCAUACCUUCUGCUCCUCGAACCGGAAAAUGUUGAGCAUAUUUGCGCACAGGAGGGAAUCGCGGUCAGUGAUACCUCCAGUCUUUAUGGCAUCAUUGAGAGACGAGAAAUUGCCAACGCCAUCGUGCCCUUGAUGAGGGAGUGGAAGGAAAUACAUUGGGAAGAAGUUCAGAAUAUUAUCGACAAUGGAUAUGGGGAUAGCUUGCAAGACGCUAAAACCGAAUAUCUCGCCCGACUACUCAUGAAAAGAUACAAGAUUGAUCGUGCGCACGCGAAAAGCGAGCUAGAGCAACAUCAUGGGGAUAUCGAUAAAGCCGGAGAAGUAUGCAUGGCGCAUGCGAAAUUCGCAGCCAAACGGCUCAAAGUCGAUCCUGUAAUUCCAACACGAGACACACAAAAUGCCCCGAAUGUAACACCGCAAACCCGCGUCAUUUCUGUUCUUGGUGUUGACGAACCGUCCAGCACCUCAAGGGCAGCAAGCCCAUCACUGGGUGACGGGUGGAUGGUAUCCGAUUUCUACAUGUGGCUGCAUGUCCUCGAGGGCAUGGGAAAAGACCAAAAAUGGAUCACAUCAAUGCCCCCCGAUUAUCUUGUGCAGAAAUAUGGCAAACAAGACAAGGUUACGAUGGAAGUAUUUGAUGACGAAGGACCGCAGGUAACGAAGCCCGUGCAAACAAAAUGGGCGUCCGGAUUCAUCCACGGGGAUCCGUUCGAAACCAGAAAAGUUGUACUCGAUGAGAGUCUGCUACCUCGGGUUUUGGCAAAGGUGACGAUCGGACCAAAAGGAGCCGACCUGCGAGACUUUUUCUUGCAGCAACUGAGGAAUACUAUGGCCGAUGCCGCAGAAUCUGGAGAUCACGUACUCAUCAUGAUCUUUUCACACGGCGAUUAUGAUUCCGCCGGCGGCUUAUGCCUAGGUGUUGACCUGUUUAUGAAUGAUGACUCUGAAAGUACCUGAAACCAAGCCAUGUCGCAUCUAUUCUCUCGGAGUACCCAGACAUCAGGACCACUAUGUUUAUGACAUCGUGUUUCUCCGGUCAUUGGGUGGAGACCACAGAAUUUAAAGGGAGAAAUCUGACACCGGCAAUUCUUGUUGCAGCAGAAACGGAAGAGGAUUCAUUCGGGCUACGGAUCGUCACCAGUAUUCAGCGACCCGAAA